AUGAUCAUUGAAUGCCUGCUGGAGUUUGCACACCACCCGAGGGCACUGGCAGCUGAUGAGCAAGCUGAGGAAGAAAAGAAGCCCAGGGAUGGUGCAACCCUGUUGAGUCACGUCCCUUCAGUGACUACACAAGAAGCGUGGUCGUGGGAACAGUACUUGACAGAACAGAAGGCGACAGCAGCACCCGUUGAACUGUUUUCCAAGGACCAAUCCUUUCCGGAGCAUGAAAAUGGUUUUCAGGUUGGAAUGAGAUUAGAAGGCAUUGACCCCCGACAUCCAUCUGUAUUCUGUGUGCUUUCUGUAGCUGAGGUAUGUGGUUACCGCCUCAGACUUCACUUUGAUGGUUAUUUAAGCUGCUAUGAUUUUUGGACCAAUGCUGGUUCCCCUGACAUUCAUCCGGUAGGGUGGUGUGAGAAGACCAAACACGAAUUGCACAUCCCUAAGGGUUAUAGAAAAGAUAAAUUCGUUUGGAUGGAUUAUUUGAAGGCCUGCAAAUUGCAAAAUGCUCCCAAGAAAUUAUUCAGAAGCAGAAGUUCUAAUGGGCCAAUGCCUAAAGAAUUUCAGGUUGGAAUGAAGCUGGAGGCCGUCGACAGGAAGAACCCUUCCUUGGUGUGUGUGGCAACCAUAGCCGAUAUUGUUGAAGAUCGCUUACUAGUGCAUUUUGACAAUUGGGAUGAUAGUUACGAUUACUGGUGUGAUGUAAAUAGCCCUUAUGUUCAGCCAGUCGGUUGGUGUCAGGAGAAUGGAAGAACUCUGAUAGCACCCCAAGGUUAUCCUAAUCCAGAAAAUUUUUCCUGGACAGAAUAUCUGGAAGCCACUCAAACUAAUGCUGUUCCUGCCAAAGUUUUUAAAAUGCGGACGCCCCAUGGUUUUCUGCCGAGCAUGAGACUUGAAGCGGUGGAUAGACGGAACCCCAGGCUCAUUCGCGUGGCUACGGUCAUCGAUGUGGAUGACCAGAGGGUAAAGGUUCAUUUCGAUGGCUGGGACCACAAAUAUGACUACUGGAUGGAUGCAGACAGUCCUGACAUUCACCCAAUUGGAUGGUGUGAUAUAACAGGGCAUCCACUGGAAAUCCCAUAUCGAGCAAAUGAUGUGAACAUCCUUCCAGGUCAAGCUGUUUGUCCUACCCCAGGGUGCCGAGGAAUAGGCCAUAUCCGUGGUCCACGGUAUUCAGGACAUCACAGUGCUUUUGGCUGCCCGUAUUCAGACAUGAACUUGAAAAAGGAGGCAACUCUUCACGAUCGUCUGAGAGAACAAACACAGGCAAAUUUGGAAUCCGACUCUUCACAUUCGAAAUCGAAGAACCUCUGCAGUUUGAACUUCAGCGGAAAACAUGAAAAGGUGAACAGUCAGCCCAGACUUGUACAGCAGGCAAAGUGUUUGAAAAUCAAAGGAAAAGAAGAUAUUGACUUGGAUAAUCUCUUCAGAGAAUAUUCUGCUGAGCAGACACAGCAGGCACUGCACCAGUCCGUCUUCAUGUCCUCCAUGUCGGCCCACCCCUUCCGGGACCUUCCCCUCGGCCGGGAGCAGCACUGCAAGCUCCUUCCAGGUGUGGCCAACAUCCAGGCCAGUGAGGUGGCCCGAUGGACAGUGGAUGAGGUGGCUGAAUUCGUACAGUCUCUUCUGGGCUGCGAAGAGCAUGCCAAGUGCUUCAAGAAAGAGCAGAUUGAUGGCAAAGCCUUCCUGCUUCUGACACAAACGGACAUCGUCAAGGUGAUGAAGAUCAAACUGGGUCCGGCACUGAAGAUUUAUAACUCUAUUCUCAUGUUCAGGAAUUCCCAGGACCUCACCGAAGAAGAUUCUCUCUCAGGCCAAGAAGCCAGAGGAUAAACACACCACCUGAACAGCCAUGGCACCAGGACCUUGUUCUUUCAGCAAUAAAACUGGCCCACAUUAGUUUGA